AAUAGGAGAGAGAGCGAGUAGAGAUAAGAAGAGCGGAAACGCGAGAGUAGGAAACGGAUAAUAGUAAAAUAAAAAAGAUUCGGAGGAUAAAGAGAGAGAGAGGGGAAGGAGACAAAAGUCGAUAUUGAGAUGGUAACGUGGAUCGAAUAUCCUCACGUUCACACUAUCUCAUUGGAUGGAGCACGAGGCCGCCACACGCCCCUACAUCUGGCCUUAUCUCCACCCUCCACGUGUUCCCCUAUCCAACGGCGACCACACGCCAUUUCCCUCUUAUUUAAACCCUCCUUCCUCUUCUUAUCAUCCUUCAUCCUUCAUCUAGCAACAACCAAAUACCAACUCUCUUCAGCCGUCUCGCCUCAUCAACCCUAGUCUAUCUCCUCCCAUAACAAUGGCCUCAAGGGCACUCUCUUCUUUCACCACUAAGCCCGCUCUCUCUCCCAAGCCACUACUCCCUCACUGCCCUGCUUCUGCUUCUCUCGGAUUCUCCAUGAAUACUGGCGGCGGCAGAUCACUGGUCCUCUCCGCCGCUACGGUUGACACAAACAACAUGCCUAUGACCGGAGUCGUCUUCCAGCCGUUCGAGGAGGUGAAGAAGGCCGAUCUCGCCAUCCCCAUCACAUCUCAUGUCUCCCUCGCUCGCCAGGGCUAUGCCGAUACUAGCGAGGCUGCCAUUAAUGAGCAAAUCAAUGUGGAAUACAACGUCUCCUACGUCUACCAUUCCAUGUACGCAUACUUCGACAGAGACAACGUUGCUCUUAAGGGACUAGCCAAAUUUUUCAAGGAAUCAAGUGAGGAAGAGAGAGGACAUGCUGAGAAGUUUAUGGAGUACCAGAACCAAAGAGGAGGAAGAGUGAAACUCCACCCAAUCGUCUCACCUCUUUCAGAAUUCGAACACGCUGAAAAAGGAGAUGCAUUAUACGCAAUGGAGUUGGCUCUCUCUCUAGAGAAACUCACUAAUGAGAAGCUUCUAAACGUUCACAGAGUGGCCUCAGAGAACAAUGAUCCCCAGUUAGCUGAUUUUGUUGAGAGUGAAUUUCUUGGAGAACAGAUUGAAGCAAUCAAGAAGAUCUCAGACUACAUCACUCAGCUAAGGAUGGUCGGCAAAGGCCACGGAGUUUGGCAUUUCGACCAGAUGCUUCUGAAUUAGACUCGACCUCUAUAAGUUCACUUUCAGACGUCCAUUGUGGGGUUACUCAGAAGAACCCAAAGAUUCUCUAAAAGCUUUAGAUUGAAAGUUAUGGACAAUAAGAUUGUAGUAGUAAGCUUUGUGUUUAAGAUGGUGUUUGUAAUAACUUCCUAAGCCAAAUCAAUGAAGUUUUUGUUUACUUUUUUCUAAA